AUGGGAGUUAUUUCCAACGUCUCUCUCGGCUUUUGGUUGAUCGACAUGCCUCUGAAUCUCAUCUUCGGGGUCGAAACCCGGGGUACAUUGGAGAUGCGACCGUCCGUUCUAGCGCGGCGCUACGCUCGUUCUUGGCUCGCGAUCGAUGUGGCCUUGGUCUCGCUGGACAUCACGCUCGUCUUGAUAGAGAUCAUGCAGCAGGUCGAGAUGCGUUCACAGGCCGUCUGGAGAUCUGCGCGGUUCCUUCGCAGCCUCAGGCUGCUUCGCUUACUGCGAUUGCUGCGGGUGGCGAAGCUCCAGCAGGAGCUGAUGAUUGUGGCGAAUCGAUUGCUGUCAACCCACGCCUUCAUGCUUUCCAAGGUGAUCGUGGCUGUGUUGGUGAUGCUCCUCGUAAACCACAUCAUUGCCUGCCUGUGGUACGGCAUCGGGGCGAUGUACCUCGAUGGCCGCAGCUGGCUACUGGAGGUGCAGAUUCACGACGCACCUUUUGCGCAGGUAUAUGCAGCGUCACUACACUGGGCUUUGACUCAGUUCACUCCUGCGACGAAUAACAUUGCCCCGGACAACGCCCUGGAACGGGCCUUCGCGGUCGUUGUGAUCUUGCUGGCCAUUGGCCUCUUCUCUUCUUGCAUCACCGCCAUCACCUCCACCAUGGCCUCCCUGAGGACCGCCCGGAGCCAAAAGUCAGCCCACCAGGCCAAGCUGUUCCAGUUCUUCAACGACCGGAAGCUGUCCGUGGGCCUCUAUGGCAAAGUCCAAGAGGUCCUGGAGAAGGAUGGCCACUUCGAGGUGAGGGUUCAGGAGCGCGACGUCGAUCUGCUGCAGAAAAUCCCGCAGAG